AUGAAAUCCAUAUUGCAACCUAUAACAUCUGAGAGAGAAGUUAUUUUGAAUAGCUACGUGGGACCCAUUUUAUUAUCCAUAAUUAUGUAUUUCAGAGGCUCUGAUUCUUUCACGGCAUUAAAUAUAAUACAAUGUCCUUGGUUAAGAUCAUCGUGCAGACCAUUUGGAAUUCCGUCUCCUCCCCCGAGGCCAGACCCCCAAUGUGGCAUCACUUACACACGUCCCUGUGUAACGGUCAUUCAGGGCAUGACCAUCCUGGAGGCCUUGGGGGACCGGGAGGUGGGCUUGAGGCCCACCUCCUGGACAGAGGCCAAUGGGCAGUGGGCCAGGGAACUGGGGCUGGGCCCCCACACCAUACUGGGCGGUUGCGUGCAUCCGUGA